GCUUCUUUUAUCUUUAUUCCCAACCACCUAUCCAACAUGGAGUUUCUCACGUCUUCGCAAGAAAUCAAUAAACCCAAACAGCUGUACCCCUGCCUCGCGGUGAUCGACAUUAAUUCUUCUUCUGACGUUAGAUCCCGACGUCUUUCUGCCGGAUCUUUUGGAUCUGACAAGGACGAAGGUAAUGUACUCACCAGAGUUAUCUCUGGGGGAGGGAGGAGAAAGAGUUCCUUUGGAGAGACCGGGGGUGGCGGUGGGGGGCGUAGACUUAGUUUCGGGGGAAAGAAAGAUGACGAUGCUAAGGUUGAGGGAAAGUGGUACUGGAGGGUACAAGCAGGAGUAAACGAGACUCACAUAGUUCUCCUUCCCCUUACCCAACCUUCCAACCCGCUCCUCACGACCCGACCUGCACCCCUCUCUACCGCUAUCCCUUCGCACGCCACUCAUGAGGCAUCUACCCACCCUAAUGAGUCAGCUAUCGCUGAGAACGAGGGGGAUAAAAAUGAAUCGGGAUUUGCUUCUCGAAUGAAGAACAUGUUCCGACGUGCUUCCUCCUCUGUUAAGGAACGUCCCUCCGCUCCAUCUGCCUCGGAGACUACUUCGGGCGGACCUGAUAUUGGAGGUGAACGAGUGACCGACCAGACGGAAAGGGGAGAGAUGCUCCCUAGUGCUAAAGGAAAUGUUGAAGGAGCUACCAAUUUGAACAGCAAUGCUGAGCUGGGAUGGCCUGGAAUCAUCAAUAAUGAGAAGCUGGCCGCGAUUCUGAUACCCCUUUCUUCCGUCGGGAAGAAAGUGGGUUUGGGUGGAGGUAAGAAAGCGGAAGCCAGCUGGGUAACUGUCCAGGUCACCUCCAGCACUCAAUCGAUGGAGCCCAUUGGAACUAGCAGGUUCGACCCUACUCCCAAGUCGGGUUUUAUCAAAUUUGAAUUUGACAAAGGCUGGCUCGGAGCCAAGGGAGAGGCAGAGGUCCUUCACCAUUACAUCACUACCGCCGUCGCAGCUGCUCCUGCACCAAUUGAGCGUACCGCGCCCAACCCAUCUUCCUUCCAGCUGGGUGGUCAACAGGCAGCCUCGGGGGCUACCCAGCAAGCGCAGCCAUCUGACCCUCUGUUCUCUGGGUCACCUUUCGCCAACACUGGCGCCGCUGGGGAGACUGCAGAGAGGCCCUUGAUUGAUGAAGCGAUUGCGCCUGAUGUAAGCGCCACAAGCAGUCGAAAGGUUGCCGGGGUUUAUUGAGAGCGCACCUCAAUGUGAUUGUUUCUCGACUUUCUGAUGAUGGGGGUAACGUCCUGUAAUAAUUAAUGUCGUGUGAAAGUGUAAUAGCAGUAGUCGAGAAGCUUUAUGACGCGUUAAUAGUACUGCACAAAUUGACUAACAUACUCAAUAAAUACUUAUGCAACUUCUUUUA